AUGACGGGCCAUAACAGGCUUUGGGCUAUUUCGGGUACAGGCGGGCUCGGGCGGAUACAGGCAGGCCGAGUAUUUUCGGGUAUUAUUUACACCCCUAUAUAUAUGUGUGUUCGCAAACACGAUGCAGGCCUUGGUACACAAUGAGAGCUUGGAAGCAGACUUGCUUCGAUACGCUGUGUACAAGAUAAGAGAAGCUUGUCGCAAAGCUCAACAGAAUCCUGAUCCGAAAAAGGAAUACCACUCAGUAUUGUACCUCGAUGCAUCUGCUUGGCUUCAUGUCGACCGAUCUCAACUUUUUUCGGGCCAAGAUAAGGAUUCUGUUGAUAAACCAAUCUUAGAGAUGGACAAAAACGUCGACAAAAUUAUGAUACCCAUGUGUCAUGGAGCCGGAUUGGGGAGUCAUUGUACGCUGCUCAUUUUUUAUUUUAAGGAGAAGAGGUUCGUUCACUAUAACUCAUUGAAGAGUGGAAAACAUACGUACGAAAAAAGUGCAAAAAAAAUGGCUGACCGCUGCUUAGAUCCUAUCAACAAUUUCUUGGUACAAUAGAAAAAGAGCAUUGUGAAGAAAGUUGUAUUCUGGGAUUUCCCAACACCUGAGCAAGGGACUUCGCCAGAUUGUCUGUUGUAUGUAAGAUAUUUUAUGAAGAAAUUUUCUUGUUAUAAUUUAGAACAACAAACUGAGUUGAGGUUGGAAGAUGGAGAAACACUAAGAAAUAAGAUUCAAGGUAAAAUGGUUAGGAUAGCUUGCAAGUUGCUGACAGCGGAGCAUCCAGAAGAGAGUUGGAAGCCAUCUUUUGAAACUGAUUACUACAGUAAAGUAGUAUAAAUAAUUGUCGA